AUGCUCGACAGCAACGCAAAUGAUCAAUUGCUGCCACCUUUGCAUUUACACUUCAUGUCACUAAGGAUACGUAUUCCUACAGCCGGCAUAGGGACAUAUGUUGUCUCAGAAAAUUUAACGCAUAAUGGUUUCAGAGCCAAAUGCAAGUCCUGGUACCAGAUGGCCAAGGACUCUGCAGUCGGCUCGUCAUUUGACCAGCACGUUGUGGGCGGCUACAGAUUCUUGAUGAGGUACUACUCGCCAGGAGACGACAUUUACAUGUUUGGCUUCUCUCGAGGUGCCUAUGUUGCUAGGUUCCUGGCUGAGAUGUUGGACUUUGUCGGUCUACUUGCCCAUGGCAACGAGGAAAUGGUCGCUUUCGCGUGGAACUCAUUCUCACAAUGGCAAUGCAGAAGAACGAACUCAACACCGGAGGGCAAAGAAGACAGAGAGAAGAUGUAUCAGUUUCUCAAAGGCUUCAGAGAAACAUUCUCGCGACCGAUAAGACGAAUCCGCUUUUUGGGAUUGUUCGACACCGUGAAUAGCGUGCCGCGCUUCGAAACGGCGUGGAUGCAGCGGAGCAAGUUCCCGUACACUGCGCGAAGCUCUGCGAAAGUCAUCAGGCAUGCUGUCAGUAUUGAUGAACGACGCGCCAAAUUUCGCCAAGAUCUCAUUUAUCAAGAGCCCAAGAAGUCUCGGAGGAGAACUGCAGCCAAGCGCUUGAUGGAGCACCAUCACCCUUUGAACGAAAAAGUGCAGGAGUUCCAAGAAAAGUAUCGUCCAGGUCGGCGAUCAACACUUGCACCUGACGACGCUGUGGCGAAAGAAGACCGUGGUAGGCGCCGAGUGCAUUCACAAGAGGAAGACGCAGACCAUCCGGCUCCUUUCCGUAGUCGCUCCAGGUCCAGAUCCAGGGCAACCGAACGAACAGGCAACGCGUAUACGGAUCACGAUGCCUCGUCUAUCAACUCCAAGCCACCCAUGGAAGAUCUCACCUACGACUCGGAUGACGACGAAGCUGACCAGGAUGUUGAUGAGGUAUGGUUCUCCGGAGGGCAUGGCGAUAUAGGCGGAGGAUGGGACGCCGUUCCUGGCCAAAAGAAUGCCAGUCACAUACCCCUCGUGUGGAUGGUGAGAGAAGCCAUGCGAGCAGGGUUGACAUUUGAUCUCGACCAGCUCGAGUACCUCGGCUGCGUUGAAUCAGUAGCCGGAGAAGACACGCGAACUACAAGACAGUCGACGGCUACUAUGCCGAACGGAGCCAUCGCAGUCCCGGAAAUUCACAUCGAUGCGCCUUCCCCUACUAUCGACUUCCAGCCCUCAUCACCCACCGCUUCCGCGACAGAAAACGCGGCAAACUCGGGCACAUCAACGCACACCUGCACGGCCUUGUCAUUCAACGUGAUGAUGCAGACAGCCCACGAAGCCAAGAUACACGACUCGCUUGACUUCAAAUGUGGCAUGCAUCGUGCCAGUGUCUUCAUGUGGCGGGUGAUGGAGUAUCUCCCCUUUAGAAGACUCGACCUAAGGCCAGAUGGCAGUUGGAAACCAAUCAGAUGGCCACUGCCAAGGGGAGAAGUCCGGGACGUUCCGGACAAAGUCAGAAUUCAUGGAAGCGUGAUACGACGGAUGGAGCGCGACGAAAAGUAUAGACCUGGAAACUUGAUUGUGGGUGGAGGUGGGAGAGGUUGCCGUGUGGCACCGAAAGAGUACGGAAUGGGGCAUUGGAAGUGUGUCAAAGGCAGCGGUGAUAUUAUUGACGAAAUAUGGGAACGGGAGUGGGACACUGAGCAAAAACAUCUUUAA